AUGGCUCUGUACGGCUCAUUCAACGGCUGUCUGGCCGCAGAUUUUGUUGCACUCAGCUCGCUCUUACCUGGUGUCCAAUUUCAUAACCCCGGCCGUAUUGAGGGAAAUGACCCACUCCAGCUGAAAUUGGAUACCUUCGGAGAUCCACGGUGCACCAACCUCAAGCACAAUCAGCGGGUAUUGGUCACGGGAUCAUGGUACGAGAUCUACCACGAGAUUGACUCGAAUCUGGGCUCCCAAAGUAUGCUUUCACCAGCUGCAAGGAUGCUUAGCAAUAUCAUCGCGUCCUGUAUCAUCCGGAUGCCGAAUCUGAAGGAAUUCAAGUACUGUUGGGAUCUAGCUGUAUCCCCUACUCAACAUCUCGUCACCACCGUAAUAUUCACACCGACCCUGGAGAAAGUGCAACUGCGUCUAGGCACUGACAGCACGCCCUCGCCUUAUUUUCACCCGCCGCUGGAAUUUUGGCCUCCAAUCAAUGUCAGGGCUUUAACUCUCAUCCAAAUUGACGACGAAUCGGUCUUGCGGUCGAUAGGAUCGGUUCUCCAAACCGCCACUCGCUUGAGAGAGCUGACCAUGUGGGCUGAUGGAGAUAGGAUGCUACGUUUCAGUGAAGUCUCCAGCACAUGGUGUGGCCAGGUCCCAUUCCAACUCACAUCUCUGGAUCUCCGAGGAUUUGUGGAUUUGGGGCGGCCAUCAUGUGCGCUGUGGAGUUUGCUCUCACCGGUCAAGUUGAGGACAUUGACCUUGAACGUCGGCCCGGGAUUCGAUAUUGCCGAUUUAUCAGUGUUCUGGGAGAAUUCAGUCGUGGCCAAUCUUCGACCCAAACAAUUAACUACGAACCUGGUGAUGCAUGGGCUGAAGGACUUUAUAGACUCAUUUAGUGGUUUGGAGGCUUUCAGUAUCACAUCGCCAACUAUCGCUUGCGUGCCGGAGCGUCUCGAUAUUCUCCUAGAGGCUCUGGGCAACCUACAUUCAGCGACACUGAAGGUUUUCUCGAUCGACCCACAAAGAGCUCUGGCAAACCACCUCCUGGACGAUGUGUUGUUGGAUCGAUUCGUGAACCGGUUCGCCAAUAUUGAAGAAUUGCGAAUUGGAAUAGUGGAAGCUGUGCCAGAGGAUACCAUCCAAGCAGUAUUGAAGUCUCCCCAAAUUCGGCUACUCUAUGUGAAUUUGAUCCAAGAUCCUACAGAGGGGAGUUAUAUCGGCCUGGAACGAUACCUGCUCCAUUUACUGCAGAAAGGAAUGGCCGAAAACCUCAAGUAUUUCAUGUUUGAUGACGGUCCUCUGUUCAAAGUACAUCGGAAGCCGCUCCGGGUAAGUAAAGAGACCUUGCCCAUCGGGUUCAUUCAUGACACUUUCCUGUUUGGAGAAGGGGUCUUGGGAUGGGAUGGAAGAACAAUGUAG